AUGCUGGCUCGAUUCUGGCCACAGUCAACUGCCAGAACAUUAUGGAUCCGUUUCUCCAGGCGCGGAAUGGUGACGACUGCAGCCGCCGAUAUACGAAAUAUGGCUCUUGUUGCUCACAUUGAUUCCGGAAAAACUACCCUCACCGAGUCUAUUUUGUUGCAGUCCGAGUACCUGUCAUCAUCGGGGUCAGUGGACACUGGAAGCACCACAACCGACUUUUUACCUGCUGAACGAGAAAGAGGAAUUACCAUUCAAUCGGCUAGUAUCCCUGUCAAGUGGAAGAAAUGGACGUUCAAUCUCAUUGACACCCCCGGUCAUGCAGACUUUGGCAUGGAAGUAGAAAGUGCGAGCAGGGUUGUGGAUGGUGCGGUAGUUCUUAUCGAUUCGGUGGAAGGUGUCGAAUCCCAAACAAAACGGGUCUGGCGCCAACUGGACAGGUAUAAAGUCGCGACAAGAUUGAUUUUUCUAAACAAACUCGACAGGCCUGGCGCUUCAUUCAGCACUUCUCUGUCCUCGUUACUUACACACCGACUACAUUCUCUCCCAGUUGCCUUGACGCUACCAAUUGCGUCCUUUGAAUCUGCUGAUUACUCGCGUGCAGAACCUGGUAUACAGGGUCUGGUCGAUUUGGUCAAAUGGGAGGUAUGGAAAUGGGACGAGAAUGAACAAACAUCUCGCCAUCCUCUGCCCCGCUCGACAGAGGAGUUUCAAGCAUUUGACAUCCUUCCGCCUUCUCAUCCGCUUCUUUCCGAACUCCUUCCUGCCCGUAUGGCUCUCCUUGAUAACCUCUCAAAUUUUUCUGAACCAUUGAUGGAGAGACUCAUUGGCCUGCCCUCAGACCCCAUGGCAUACGCCGGCAUAGAGUGUGAUGAAAUCAUGCCCCAUCUGCGACAGGCAUCUAUCAGCAACAAGAUCCUACCUGUGUUAUGCGGCUCUGCCAUAAAGAACAUAGGAACGGAUUUGGUGAUGGACUACAUCGGAGAGCUCUUUGCCAGUCCGUUGGAUGUACUUCGUGGUCCAUCACCUCCAAUAAAUACACCUGUGCGUGUGCUUGCUUGGAAAGUAGGGUGGGAUAAGAAGAAGGGGUGGCUCACUUUUAUCAGAGUUUAUUCAGGCAUUCUGAAACGGCAAAGUGUUCUUCUCAACACCAAUCGCAACGAACGGGAGCGCGUCGGGAAACUCCAAUUGUUGUACGCCUCAGAAGCUCAGGAUGUCGAGGAACUUCCGUUUGGUUCAGUGGGCGUUAUUGUUGGGCUUAGAUUCACGCGUACCGGUGAUACUCUCAUAUCUACUGGAGCAAAGGUAGCCAAUGACUCGGACAUACUUCCAACUAUUGUGACUCCUCCCUCCGUCAUCUCCGCCUCGGUAGUGCCCCAGUCUCAUUCUGAUUUGGACCCAGUAAUGGAGGCUCUGGAGUCCAUAUCACGCACUGAUCCCUCUGUUCGUGUCGAUACCCAAGAGGGACAGAUGCUCGUGCAUGGUUUGGGCGCUCUACACCUUGAAAUCGUUGAAGGCCGUCUGCGAGAUGAAUGGGGUGCGCGAUUCGAGUUUGGUCAGCGCCGAGUCAGCUAUCGAGAAGCACUUGGACCCAGUUACUCAGUAGUCCGACCAGGGGAUGAAGUCGCCAAUGUUGCUGGCACCGAGGUCAGAGUAGCUUUUGAUAUACGCCCUCUAGAAGAAGGGGAGGUUGGGGAUUCGCUCUGGGACGGGAACGUUGUACUUAAUCAAAAGGGCAUGCCGAUUGCGUAUCCCCAGACCGGAAUGAAAGAAACCGAGGAAUCGUGCAUUGCCGCCGGCAUAGACAGUUGCUUGUCCAACUCCCCGCAUUCAUCACUGCCGAUGUCGCAUGUCCACAUCCAGGUUAAAAGCUACACCAAGCCCCCUUCGAUCAGUCUACUAAGCGGUGCCUGUUCCAAGAUUUUACGGAACCGUCUCCGUACUGCGGGUAUGGGGCAUAUCAUGGAACCGUUUACGCGGUUCAAAAUUUCUGUGAACGAAGAUACUCUUGGUAAGGUGGCCAAAGAUCUCACAGAGCAUGGCUCUGAGCUCCUUGAUAUGAGUUCGGGGAUGACUGAAGAAGAGGAGGGUCGAGCAUAUUCGACUGAUGGUGUUUACAUACCACCCACCUUUCUCUCACCUUCUGCAUCUAAUGUAACGGCACUCAAAGGCAACUCUUCGUCGCUGAAACGGUCUAUUCACGCUCUAGCGCCUCUUAGCCGAAUGUUAGAUUACAAUAAUCGACUUCGCGCUCUGUCGGGAGGACAUGGGCAAUUCGAGAUGACCAACGCGGGCUUCCGAGAAGUGUCGCCUUCACGCCAGUUGGAAAUAUUGCGGGAAAUUGGCAGAGCAUGA